AUUAAAAUAAAUAUAGUUUUGACUGUUCACUUUGAUCUAUUCCUCGGAGCAAGAAUUGAUCAAUAUCAGCAUUAAGCGUUGGACGUUCAGCCGAAUUCACUUAUUAAUUGCUUGCCUGGCAGUAACAAGUCGCAACAUCUUGAACAUGGCAACAUCAAUACCGACUACUCAAUCCGCAGCCAUCAUCGAAAAUGCUGGACCAAAUGGAAUAGUUCGAAUUGAUAAUUCAUAUCCGGUUGAGGCUCCGGGGAGGAAUGAAGUUCUUGUCAAGUUGGCAUUCAGCGGCAUCUGCGGAUCAGAAGUUCGAGCCAUGCUUGGCUGGGGGAAAUACAAGCCCGUCGUAGGCCACGAAGGAGUCGGCAUAGUUGUCAAAACAGGCGAGAAUGUCACAGAGUCGAUACUCGGCCAAAGAGUGGGCGUCAAAUGGCUUCACAGCGCAUGCAGCCUAUGCUCAGAGUGCAAAAGCGGAUCUUCAAAUCACUGUAUAAAGCCUGUCUUUACUGGUCUUCACGUUCAAGGAACCCUGCAGCAAUAUGUCAUCGCUGAUUCACGAUACUUGACAAGGAUCCCUGAUGGCUUACCUGGAGAAGCGGCAUCUCCCCUGCUAUGUGCAGGAUUGACCAUGGCGGGCGGGAUUGCAAAACUCGACAAGAGUAUACCCAGUGAUGGCUGGGUCGUGGUUUCAGGCUCCGGUGGUGGCUUGGGACACAUAGGAGUCCAAAUAGCCAGCAGAUUGAGAGGGUUCAAGGUUAUCGCAGUCGAUUCCGGGGCAUCCAAACGCGAACUCAGUCUACAAUGCGGUGCUCAAGUCUUCAUCGACUUUGCCACAGAGAAUGUCGAAGAUAGGGUGAAGGAGAUAGCUGGAGAAGGCGCUCAUGCGUGUCUUAUUGUAUCUGGAUCCGAAGCCGCGUUUGAGCUUGCCCCAAAGUUGGUUCGAAACACAGGAUUGUUGGUUGUCAUUGGGUUACCCGCUGCCACCUUCAAUUUCCCCUUGGCCGCCAGCUUAUAUGCAGCAAAAGCGCUCACUGUCACCGGUGUCAUGGUAGGAAAUGAACAACAGAUGGAGGAACUUCUUCAACAUACAGUCGCAGGCGUCAUCAAUCCCGUUGUUCAGGUCGAGGAAUUUUCACAAGUCCCGCAUAUUUUCGAGAAGCUCAAAAACAAUGAAGUAACAGGGCGGAUAGUGGUGAGGAUCCCCGAGUAAGAUGAAAUAGAGUUAUUACAUGUAGUCUUGCACGCACAUAUUUGGAUCAAACACCUGGUUCAUAAAGGCGAUGCAGAUAAUUAUUUAUUUACGACUGU